AUGGGCAAAUCAUGUGACGUUUGCCAAAAUCCCGAUCGUUACAUCGAAGAUGGGAACCCAGGCAAUCCUGUUAACAUAUCCAACCUCAACAAUCAGUCUGGUUCUGCCGAAACCGGCGGCAGCGAUUUGCAAAUUGAAUUUUGGCAACCGAAGAGGGACUCGGGUAACAAGGACGGUGACUUGGGUAACAAGGACGGAGAUGCUAAAGAUCUAAAGAAAAUUUAUUCCAAGUUCGAGUCUCUCCCUAAAACUGAAAAUUGGAAAGAGUUGUUCUCUUGCGAUGAGAAUAAACGAAAAGAGAUUGUUCGUCAUUUAAUGACGGGCUUGGCCAUACCAGAUAGCAACCCUUCAUCCAAACUGUUGCCUGAUCCUAAUCUUACAGUAUCGGCCAUAAAUGAAUACGGAAAGUCUAUGUCGUCGCCAGGUUAUGCGAAUUCAACAAAGUCGAAAAACCGGCCAUUUGCAUGUUUUCGAGAGCUUAUCUUUUGCUCUAUGUGUGCAGUUGCGAAAAUCAAUACCGACGUCGAAACCGUAUAUGAUAGUAUGCGAUCCGUUUAUGGAUCUGACGCCUGCUCGGAACGGUUUAAUGGACUAAUUCGUGGUGCAAAAUGGGCAAACCAAGCUAUUUACCACUUAUCUCAGACGAAAUAUGGUCUACGUAGCUGGGACAUACUCUACACUGGUAUGGUGCUCAUUCUGAAAAUAUAUCGGCAGGGCUAA